UGUUAUUUUUACCUUAACCAAAUUUGAAAAUCACGCUAUUCGACAGUGAUCUGGAGUAUUUGUAAGACGCGGCUCUGUUUUGAAUUUCACCAUUCACAACGAACCUCCAAAGAGAUCGGAUUUAUUUGUUAGCGUUUAAACAUAAUCAUUUUGGUGCUUGAAAAUGUUUGGAAAUAAUAUGACUGGAAUUCGAAAUUAAAAUUCUAAAGCAUAAACAUGUGUUAGAUAGACUAUUAAGGAAAAUGUUGAUACUGUAGUAACCCGAAUAGCUUUAAUAACAAUGAAUGAUUAUAAAGAACAGUUUUCUAAUCCCCGAAGCCGGAACUGGCUGAAGGGGUCAGUUGCUCUUAAUAUAACUCAGCAAGGACUAGCACCGUUUGCUUGCAAGGUAUGUGAUGAUAUUCGCGUUAAAAAGUUAAAAAUAGCAAUUGGGUACCAUUUUCCUGACCUCUGUGGAAAUUGCUCAAUUGUUGAAGUUAUACCGUGUGACCCGAAAAACAACAUAUGUAAUACAGGACAAUGCCGUUUUCACAAGAGGCUUGUUUUUCGUCCUUGCCUUAUAGUCAAAUGUAACGAUUAUCGUAACACUGUCGCCGACAAAAUCCAGAAAGGUAUUGAUAUAGGUUGCAAUAGUUGCAGGACAGCUGAAAUUGUACAGUGUGAUCCAGGAAAUAGAGUCUGCAUUUCGGGAACAUGCAAAUUCCACAUGGAUCCAAAUACGGAACUUUUCAUUCGUACAAGACCAUGCCCGAAUAACAUUUGUGAUACGCUCCGGAAUGCAAUACAGCAGACACACAGAUUUAAGAAUCCAUCAUGGAAGAACACCGAUGCAAGAGAGUGGUGUGUAAACGCUUGGGAUAUUGCCAAGUGCUUCAUGCCUCCAGAUGGCUACGCAGAUGUGGACAAUGAAAAUAAAACUGACUUGAACGGGAUAAUAAGUGUCUUCAUCAACUGCGAAGAAUUUCAAAAAUAUUUUACAGCUGACCUGUCCAGUCGACAGAACAUAUGCGCCAAGGUCCGCGAUGUCGGAAAAAACAUUCGCCAUGCGCCCGGAUUGGAGGUUACUGACGAUGACUUGAAAGUCUGGCUAGCUGAUCUGAAAGCAUUGUUUUCUGACCCAACAUUCAACAAAGACAAUCCCCUUGCAAAAGACGCAAUAGACCAGUUGCAGCAGCUGGAGAAAGACGAAAUUCUUAUAGAGCGCUCUGAUGUCGCGAUGGGCAUAACGGACUCGGUUGAUUACCUGCAAACGCUUACUGCUGCCCAUUCAACACUUAAACUACAAAGCCGAAUUGAUGAUCUGAAAGUGAAGGUGCAAGAAAUACCUAAACAAAUGGAACCUUCUGGGAUGGACAAAUUUGAAUCGGUGACCAAAGCUGACAUUGGAGAGGAACAAAAACGAUGGCUGAUCGUUGGUUUAUGUCUAAAUGACGUGGUUUCACCACCUCUAAGGACGUACGUUGGGCCGAUUGUCGAAGCUGAGUACCAAAAGUUCAAAAACGAAAUUGAAGCUCAACAGUUUCCAAAUUAUUUAAAGCAAUAUCCUCCUACGAACCAAGAUAUGAACUAUAGAAACAUAAACAAUAACGCACAACUACUGAAAGUCAAUGACAUACCAGAUUGGGCGAAAUUUGAUUAUCGGGUGAAGAAUGCUGUAGACUUUUCAAAGCUGUUCGUGAAAAGUGAAAAGGUCCAUUAUAAAGGAUUUGAUAACACGUGUGAUCAAAGAACUCUUCUAAAAAUAAUUGAAAAAAUGCACUUAUUUCCACAGCCUAUAAAAACAGUCGCUGACAAAAUAAGACUCGAGGUACGAAACCAAUGGGCUCAUGUAGAUUUCAAAGAAUGGGACACAGAAAGGUACGAAAAAUGCUUUGAACUGAUGACUCAAGUUAUCAAGGAGAUGAAGCCGUCCGAAGAAAAAGAAAUUAUUGAUCAGCUUACUUACUGGAAAUCCAACGGAAUGCAGUUCGUAAGUGGGCAAAAGACUGAGCUAGAACUGCUAGAGAGUCUAACAGAAAAAACUAAGGCUCUAACAAUAUAUAUCAAGAGAAGAGAAAAGACAAGUGAUGACAAAUUUGAAACAUGCAUAAAUGCUCUAACCAAAAUUUCAUUUUCGUUGGACAAAUACGUGCAAAGACAGAAUGAAAACCACGCUGAACUGGAAUCUAGAGUAAACACACAUGACGCUAUGCUGAAACAACACUCAAAAUUCAUUGAUGUUAUAUCUGCUUUAAACCGUAACCAGCUGGGACAAAAAGGUGUUGCAGCUUCAAAAGGAACAAUAUAUAAGAGGGAACUAGUUGAUAGAUUCCCAAAGUUGGAAGCCAAACAACUACCCCACGAGACCGAAACAAGGGCUGAACUCGAUCCUGAGUGUUUGGAGACAAAUGCUAAUCAUAGCAAUAUUGCAUCUACAAGCAGUUUUAUUUCGGAGAAAGCAGUAUACGAUGCCGUUCUUCUAUACGCCGCCGAUGACCUUGAGAUUGCCAAGAAGGUUUUGGCAGAUCUUAGAACCGUGUCGGAUGAAUACAAAAUUGAUCUUUUCAAUAAUCUCCCGCUCGCAAACCAUGACCAUUUCCAUGCGAUGGAAUACGUAAUAGCUUACAGUCGCUACCUCUUGAUAAUAGCAACUGAAAGAUUUAGCUCAGAUGUUCUUGCUAAUUAUCAGUUCAAGAUGGCACUGUAUAAGUUUAUAGAAUCUAAAGAGCAACGAGUAGUGCCUAUCCGGCUCGGGCAGAGACCCGUCACCCUUCCAAUGGAAUUAAACGUCAUAAAAGGUCUCAGAUAUUACUCUUUUGACCAGAAUAAAUGCAGUGACAAUACGAAGGACUUCAUAGAGGGUUUCAAAAGAUUAAUGCAGAAUGAGAACAUUCGGACGUAGCGUUAACAGGUGGGAACAGUAUUCGUUUGAACAGUAUUCGUUUGUAAAUCGUCCAUGUCAUUAUAUUUUUGAUAUCACUUCACGUGCGUGUAGUUUCCAACAGUUGCAAUACAUGUGGACAAGUUUAACUCCAACCCAACUGUCUUGUUCUGUUUAGUCACAUGUUUUGUCCAUGUGAAUAUCAUGUUCUGGGUAAAUGUAUUAUUUGUCUGAUGUUUUUGAGUGGUUAAACAGAUUCAUAGUAUCGUAAAUCCUCAUGUGUCUGUAUCAUUUGACUUUAUCGCCCUUUGAGAAUUUCUAGCUUCUUAUAUUCAUUCCUUAACAAGCAUUUGAACUGGGAAGUUCAAGUAUUACCUGUUCAUCAAGAUUUAAACAUAUUAUCAUUGCUUUGUUUUUUCAAGGAACUUUUGUUAAUGUUAUAUCAUACUUCAACGCAGUCUGGUGAGUUGUUUAAUCAUAAUUGAUAGUCAUGAACCUUAAUAACUAUGUCCCCCUUUGAAGAAGAGGGGAUAAUAUUUCAUUGCACAUGUCGGUCCGUCGGUCGGACGUGCGGUCCGUCGGUAGACCAAAGCUUGUCCGGGUGGUAACUGGACAAGUCCUGGAUAUAUUGUCAUAAAACUUUACGUGAGAGUUGGCCUGACCAGUAGAUGACCCCUAUUGAUUUCAGGGUUCAUCGGGUCAAACAUCAAGGUCACAGCGACCUUUAGGGCGAAAGGGUUGUCAAAGCUUGUCCGAGUGAUAACUCAACAAUGCCUGGACAUAUGGUCAUCAAACUAAAUAAAAUAAGGCCGGGCAUGACUAGAAGAUGACCCGUUUUGAUUGUAGGGGUCAUCGGGAUAAAGGUCAUGAUAACAGUGACCUUGAAUGCUUAAGGUUGUCCGAGCGAUAACUCCACAAUGCCUGAAGCCAUGGCCCUCAAACUUGACUUGGAGGUUGGGUCUGACAAGUAGAUGAUCCCUAUAAAUUUUAAGUGUCAUCUGGUAAAAUGUCAAGGUCACAGUGACUUCAUUUGAACUACUUUAUUUGAACUAAAUGACUAAAUGACUAAAAACUGUACUGUCCUCACACUUUGAAUGGUCAUAAUCUUAGAACUGCCUCAAAGGCAUCCAAUGUCAAUGGCAAAUCAGCUGUCAUUUCAGGCCAUGCAUACUUCGUUCAAUUGUCCAAAUAAUCUUGACAACAUGGCGCUCUGGGGGGGGGGGCAUAAUGUUGACAAACAUCUCUUCUUAAAUUAAAGAUUGUAAUUUAGCCUGUUUGUAACUGUUUCGAUAAAAUGGACGUAGCUCCUUUAUGUAUAUAUUUGCUAUGUUCUUAUAUAUGUAAUUAUUUUGUUAAAGUAUUAAGGUUCUCCAAUAUAGUGCAGCUUUUCUUACCAUAAAAGUAUUCGAAUUUGCUUCGAAAUAACGUAUGAAGUGUGAUCCGAAUAAUGUUGUCAGAAAUUAGACACGUAAAAAAUCAAUGGCUUACCAUUCAUUGUUAAUUUUCACUUCAGUUCCACAUCUAACAUGUAGGACACUAUUCUCUUUAAGAAAAUGGUAUAUUAUUUCUCGCAUAAAUUUUAUCACUACGCCAACUUAUCAAUUGCCUGCAUUACUUGGUGAAUCUGUUAUAUUGAUAGCAUCCGCCAUUUCUAAUUGCUGAUUUCAGAGGACGAAUAUGUAUGUCGUUUUAGUGACCAGAGUUUAGUAUGAACUGUUUUAAAUGUAUCUAAUCGUAAGUUUAUGUCUCUGUUUAAAAGAAAACACACUUAUUUCAAAUGUUUGUUUUGUAUAUUUCUGAUAUUGUUGAUCCUGUUGCGUACAACUUGCAAUCGUAUUUCGCGAAUGGCUUGUUUGAACGCUUGCUAUAUUGUAAUUGUUUAACGUUAUUAUAGACUUUGACUUAUUUUUAAAAAGUGCCUUGUAUUUAAUAAAAUAAUUUCGCUACUUGCA